CUCUCUCUUUCUCCAUCUCUCCCAUCUCUCUCUCUCCCUUUCUCCCUCGAUGAAGGUGACAGCGGCUGAGCUGCCAUAUGGGAAGAACAACAACAACAACCACCAGCAAACCACCCUUCUUCGAAGCUCCUCCAAAACCCUAAUCCUCGUAACCCUAACUCUCAUCAUCCUCACCGUCGUUCCUCUCUACUACCCUCUUCACAAAUUCCCAACCACCACCGGYCAYGCCUCCGCCGGCGACACCAUUGCUCCGGUGUACCACCCACAAGAUGAAGUCAUCACCAUCAAUGACAACCACCACAAAUGCGAUGUCUUUUCCGGCGAAUGGAUCCGAAAUCCAGAUGCUCCGUAUUAUGAUAACAUGACAUGUUGGGCUAUCCAUGAACACCAAAACUGCCAGAAAUAUGGACGACCCGACUCCGAUUUCAUGAAGUGGAGAUGGAAACCCGAUGGGUGUGAUUUACCCAUUUUCAACCCGUAUCAGUUCUUGGAGAUUGUGAGAGACAAGUCUCUGGCUUUUGUGGGUGAUUCCGUGGGUAGAAACCAAAUGCAGUCCUUGAUUUGCAUGUUAUCCAGGGUGGAAUAUCCGAUYGAUAGAUCGAUAACGAAAGACGAGAACUUCAAACGUUGGUAUUACGUCUCCUACAACUUCACUCUUGCCACAUUUUGGUCMCCCUUUUUAGUCAAAGCCCAAGAGGCCGAAUCCGACGGCCCGAUCCCUACGCGCCUCUUCAACCUAUACCUAGACGAAUUCGACGAGAAAUGGAYGACCCAGAUCGACGAAUUCGAUCACUUAAUCAUCAACGCAGGCCACUGGUUCUGGCGGCCUGCGUUGUACUACGUCAACCGACAGGUAGUCGGUUGCAGCAACCGUCAACUAGACAACAUCACAGACUACCCCAUGACGUUUGGAUAUAGAAAAGCCAUACGAACCGCGUUCAAGGCGAUCAAUAGCCGAGAAAAGUUCAAGGGUGUGGCGAUUUUACGUACGUUCGCCCCGAUGCAUUUCGAGGGCGGGGCGUGGAACGGGGGCGGAGAUUGUGUGAGAAAGAUGCCAUUUAAGAGCAAUGAGAUAACACUAGAAGGUGUUAACUUGGAGUUAUAUAUGACACAAAUGGAGGAAUAUAGGAAGGCAGAGAAGAUUGGGAAGAAAAGGGGUUUGAAAUAUAGGCUUUUGGAUACAACACAGGCCAUGUUAUUGAGGCCAGAUGGUCAUCCAAGUAGAUAUGGGCAUUGGCCCAAUGAAAAUGUGACACUGUAUAAUGAUUGUGUGCAUUGGUGCUUACCUGGGCCCAUUGACACGUGGAGUGAUUUCCUGCUUCACAUGUUGAAGAUGGAGGGUCUGAGAUCAGCUGAAGAGAAAUCACAUUCAAGAGGUUAAAAAUGGUGGUUGAAUUGAAUGUAAGAUUUGGUUAUAUUUUCAUUUGUUUUCCUCAUUGAUUUUUGUAGGCUUUUAUAAUGGCCUUGAAUGAAUGGUGUGGAUUUGAAAAUCUGUAUCUAAGUUGAUUAUUUUUAUCCCACAUAUAUGAUAUCAGUAUUUGGAAA